GCUCUCCUCGACUUCUGAUAUAUUACCCUUUACCUUGCUGGAUAUCCACAGAUUUAGGGCUAUCACGUCUCACAAGCGUUUUGCCAAAUACAAGAGACGCUGCUCACCGCAAGCAAGCCUUUUUCUAUUUUCUAAGUCGAUCCGCUGCUUGAAUAGCUCAGCAUUGCCGAAGACCGUGACCUACACACCUCGCAUCUAUAAACGUGUUCACGGGAUGUCUGCGUCGUCUCAGGCAAUUCAGAAGUCUGUUCAACGUCUUCGCGGCCAGAUGAUUCGAACGGCACGCGGUUUCCGCGACUACAACUUCCGCCAGUACUUCGUGCAACACAUCAAGGACGAUUUCGACGCGGUUGCCAAACUCUCUCCCGAGGAGAAGAAGAAGUUUCUCGUCACGGAAGGUCACGAGAAACUCCGUCAAAUGCAACGCAUGGUCGUCGUGAACCAGAUGUACGCCAAGCGUCCGGUCUACUUUGACGCUGCUGUGCACCAUCACCCUUCCAGGCACCACCAACAACACCACUCUAGCUCAACGGAACAUAAGAUCGAGUAA